GAUGCUGUCGUGCUGCAGCCUCUCCCAGCUGCUGCUCUGUGAAGGCGUUGUUCAGGCGGUUGUGUGUGUGUCCAGGUCCAGAGUGGUAACCUCCUCACACUCAGCGUCUGGCUCCAGCCUGCAGGUGUUCACGCUCUCAGACAGCGGCAGCACACCGGGCCCUCAGCCUCUGGUGUCUCCUGGUGUUUGUGUCGGGGCCCUCGCUGCAGUGGCUGGACUUCCUGACGCUCUGAUUGGCUCUGAUGAGAGCGGCCGCCUCUUUAUCUGGAACUUAAAGACGGGCCAGCUGCUGCAGAGAAUCAUCCUCGGAGAAGAUUUAUCACACAUGGCCUGUCUCAGAGGAUACUCCUACUGUGGAGUGUUGUUUGUCCUGCUGCAGCAUCAGUUGCUCAGCUCCCUGGAGGAAGAAGUAAAAGAGAAGGAUGAGGAGAGUAAGAAAAUGGCUCUGUUCUCCUUGGUCGCCAUUAACCCUAUGAGUGGAAAAUCUACCCUCGCUACUCGACUGUAUCCGCCCAACGCCUGGUCCGGCAGGUUGUGUGAAGCAGACGUUAGCGGCUCCAGCGUGGUGGGCCUGAGUCAGAGCGGCUGUGUGUGUGUGUGGCAGCUCUGGCCCCGGGGGCCCUCCUGGAUGGUGCCGGCCCCCGAGAGCGAGGGCUGGCAGCUGGCUCGAUGGGGGGGAGAGGGAACGCUGCUGACGGGACAUCACAACGGAGACGUCACCCUGCACUGCUACAGUCAGACUUCUCUCUGCCACCAAGAAGACUUUCUGAAGAUCUGAUCACUUUUAUCCCAAAACAAUGUCCGCCCAUCGCUGUGUGAAUGUUUACAUGAAGAUUUUAACCUUUUAAAAUACUUCAAAAUCACAUUCGGUUCUGUGGCGUCUCGUAAUCCCUGUUAUUUUGAUGAUUUUCAGGUUCAUGUUUGUAUUUUGUGGCUCUACUGUGACACGCUGUUUGCAUGCUUAAAUGUUCAAUGCUCAAAAACCUACACACUACGGGGGAGGGAAAACCCCCAGAAAGCAUAAUAAAGUAGUCUGCUAAGAUUUGGUAAACGGAACAUAUUCAACAACUCAUUGAACUGCUGGUACUCAGAAAACAAGACUGAAUUAUUGAAGGUGUAGUCCUUCCUAUUUGUUUUCCUUCAUCCUUUCUACACUGUUAGUGUUCAUAGAGCCCCAGUAUCACACACUGAACCUCUCUGUGAGAGGGUUUUUCAUGUUUUAGACCACUGUAACCCUAAAACCAACUUUGUGUUUUAUUACUGCUGCUGCUAUGAAUGUUCCUUACUGUUGUCACUUGAAUAUGUUGGUGCAUGUCUUCUUGUAUUUAAAAGAAAGAAAAGUGUUGCCAAAGUUUGUUCUUAUCA